CCUCUCCCUCUUCUUCACAACAGUCCCUCUGAUCCUCUCCCGCUCUGAACAAAUCUCUACCUUCAAUGGCGACUGAAAACCCUGCCAACACCCAAUCUCUGCCGCCGCAGCAGCAAUCGGCUCGUCCGGACUACAAUCAGUUGAUUAUGGCAGCGAUUGAGGCGCUGAACGAGCCGAGCGGAUCCAGCAAGUCGGCCAUCUCGAAGCACAUCGAGUCUACGCUCACGGAUCUUCCCUCGGAGCACCUCUUUCUCAUCCCGAUCCACCUCGAUGAGUUGAAGAAGAGCGGACAAUUACUUCUGGUCAAGAACAACUACAUGAAACCUGGUCCUAACGCGCCACCAAAGCGAGGCCGCGGCCGUCCUCCCAAGCCGAAGGAGCCUCUUCCUCCAGGGACCGUCUUGCCUCCACCGAGACCUCGCGGCCGUCCACCAAAGGCAAGAGAUCCUUUCGCUCCACCUCCAAAGCCAAAAACCUCCGCCGGAACCGGUAGGCCUCGUGGACGUCCUCCAAAGAAAGUUAAGUCUGCUUCGGCAGCUGCUUCAGCUCCACCUCCAGUUUCCGGUGUGAAAAGGGGGAGAGGUAGGCCGCCGAAGGUGAAGCCGGCGGUCACUCCGGUUGGCUGUUGACUGAAGUAACAAAAAGCAUAAAGACAGAAAGGAGAGAGAAUGACGGAAUUAGGUUUUUAAUUUUUAAAAAUCUUUUAGGUGUUGUUUAGUUCUCUACUAAUUGAUGUUUUAGCUCUUUUUUUUUUUUUUUAAUUCUUGGUUUAAUUCUGUGGGAAGUAUUGUAACUGUCGUGACUGUAAUUUCAUGUAUAUUGUUCACCGGAUUGUAGGCUUUCA